CAAAACAUGUCGAUGCCGCCCGUAACCGGCCAACCCCAGAUCGGCAGAGACCAUUGGCCAAUAGUGGGUAUGCGCCUUGCCGGAUCGCGACUAGCGCCGUCUGAACAUGCGGAGGUCCCCACGUGCCAAGCGUGCGGUAUUACGAAGUCCUCCCAGUCCUCCCGCACGCUUAUCCCGUCGCAGGCUAUAUCCGACGACUUCAGUGGCCAUCGUUGGUUUUGGAGAGCUCGAGGGAGCGAGCAGCCUCGGUACAAUGCCAGAAUGCAGCAUAGUGACGCUGAUGUGGACUUUAGCAUGUUGCGGGGAAGUGUCUGUGCCGCGGUGCUUUGCGAGCAGGGAGCGCUUCCCACUGCUCACCAGUCAGUGACUCGAUGGAGACCAGCAUCAGAGUGCGGCAAUGCAAGUGGCACAUAACAGCACCUGCCCAAUCUGCCUGUAGGGCGCAGGAUUCUUGGAACGCCUUUCCUCUGGGUACUCAUUCCUUUAUAUCCUCCUUGGGCUCUUGAUUGGCUGUCUGUCUUAGUCCAACAUUGCAUCCUUUAUACAUAAUAGAAUCGCCUUGCUGCUCGAGGGGGGUCCUGGUCUCUACUUCUUCUCUUUUCUCACCUUCUCCUCCCCUUUUCUUCUUGCUUCAAUUCUUGCUGUUCUCUACCCCUUUGGAGCUCAGUUGGGACUUGGUUCAACAUGUCGCUCGAGAAGCAGAACGCCGUGACGGAGAGGAAGGAGGAUGUCGAGUCUACCCCGCCAUACUCAUCAGAGCCUGACUAUGAGUGCGAAUUCACUCCCGCCGAGCAACGCAAGAUUAUCCAUCGCAUCGAUAGGAGGUUGGUUGUUACCGUCGGAGUCUUGUACUGCAUCAGUUUGAUGGAUCGUACCAACUUGUCGUCUGCGAACAUUGCGGGUAUGUCCAAGGAGCUCCAGUUGAAUGUCCUCAGCAAUGGAAUUUCACGUUACUCCAUAGUAACGUUGGUCUUCUUCACCACGUACAUCGUCUUUCAACCUCCAGCCACCGUCUUCGUCCGCAAACUCGGUCCUCGUCUGUUCCUCUCGUGCAUUGUGGUGGCCUGGGGUGCCGUCAUGAUCGGCAUGGGCUUCACAAACGACUUCAGCUCUCUCGCCGCUCUCCGUGUCAUCCUGGGUAUCUUCGAAGCCGGAUUCUUCCCAGCCUGCGUCUAUCUCCUCAGCACAUGGUACUCCCGCUACGACGUUGGCAAGCGCUACUCCGUCUUCUACGUGCUAGGCUGUGUGGCCUCAGCCUGCGCUGGUAUCCUAGCCUUCGGACUCCAACAAAUGCACGGCCUCUCCAACCUAUCUGGCUGGCGCUGGAUCUUCAUCAUCGAAGGCAUCCUCACUGUCGUCCUGGGCGCCGGAGGCUACUUCGCCCUGGUCGAUUUCCCAGACAAGGCGCACAAAUCCUGGAAAUUCCUCAACGAGCGUGAAGUCAAGUUCAUCAUCGACCGAGUCGACCGCGACAGAGGCGACGCAAACCCAGAGCCCUUCGCCAUUGGCAAAUUCCUGCGUGCCGGUCUCGACAUCAAGAUCUGGGGCUACGCCCUCAUCUUCUUCUGCACCACGACCGUCACGUACGCCCUCGCCUACUUUCUCCCCAUCAUCCUGGUCGUCAACAUGAAAUUCAGCAUCGGCGCCGCGCAGUGCUUGGUCGCGCCCCCCUUCAUCUUCGCUGGCAUCGUCAUGUUCCUGUUCAGCUGGGUCGGCGACAAAUACCGCACCCGCGGCCCCAUCAUUAUCGCAAAUAUGGUGCUGUGCCUCAUCGGCCUGCCCAUCAUGGGAUGGGGUGGCUCGCCCGCCGUGCGCUACUUCGGCGUCUUCCUGACCACUGCCGGUGCCAACUCGAAUAUCCCCGCCGCCAUGACGUACCAGGCCAACAACAUCCGCGGACAGUGGAAGCGUGCGUUCUGCUCAGCCACUCUUGUCGGAUUCGGCGGCAUCGGAGGUAUCGCCGGUGGUCUUGUUUUCCGUGAACAAGAUGCUCCAUUUUACUUCAACGGGCUGUAUGCUUGCAUUGCUUGCUGCCUUCUCAACAUCAUCGUUGUGUGCCUUUUGUCCUUGACCUUCUGGCGCCAGAACAAGAGGGCCGACCGGGGAGAGGUCGAGCUUGAGCAUGACGAUACCUCGCAACCUGGCUUCAGGUAUACCAUCUAGACGUCUUC